AUAUUUGGUUCGGGUACCCGUAUUUUCGGGUAUUCGAAUUUACGGGUACCCGAACCUUAUCGAAAUGGUUUCGGGAAUCGGUUUUAGCCUUAACGGUUAUCGGGUACCCGAACCAAUAACGUUAUCGGAACGGGUACCCGUCCCAUGCUCUCCCCUACCAAAAACACAUCACCUGCUUGCGCUGUCUCUGUUAACACCUCCCCCUCACACUCUCUCUCCAGCUCUUUCUUUCUCCCGGCAACAAAAAAAAAAAAAAAAAAAAUCCAAUCCAACAUUCAUCAAUUUAGCUAAAAUGAGUUCACCAUCAAAACCAAAUCUCGACCGACCAAUUACCAUCGAAAUCCAACCAUCAUCACCGCGUUACCCACUUCCACCGUCUUCCUCCACCACCACUUCCGCCGCCGCCGGCGACGAACCCCACCGGAAAAUCGCAAUCCCCGUCGAUCUCAGCAACGAGAGCGCCUUCGCCGUUCAAUGGGCCGUCCAAAACUACCUCCGUCCCUCCGACUCCGUCACACUCCUCCACGUUCAACCCACUUCCAUCCUCUACGGCGCUGACUGGGGCUCUACCCACUUCUCCGCUGCUGCCGCUGACGCCGUUGAUGGGUCUAAUGACGAUGAGGUCAAGAAGAAGAAAAUCGAGGAUGAUUUCGAUAGUUUUACGGCGGGAAAGAUUGCUGAGUUAGCGAAACCGCUUGUGGAUGCUAAGAUUCCGUUUAGGGUUCAUGUUGUGAAGGAUCAUGAUAUGAAAGAGAGGUUGUGUUUGGAGAUUGAGAGGUUAGGGUUAAGUGUUGUGAUUAUGGGGAGUAGAGGGUUUGGGGCUUCUAGGAGGAGUGUUAAAGGGAGGCUUGGGAGUGUCAGUGAUUAUUGUGUUCAUCAUUGUGUUUGCCCUGUUGUCGUUGUUCGGUAUCCCGAGGAGAAAGAGAGUGCCGGUUCCGGUGCUGAAGGCGAAGUUGGAUCGUUGCAUCCUGUGCCGGAAGAGGAUGGGUUGCAUGAGGAUGUUGCUGAGUUGCACUUGCACAAAGACUGAGAGUUUUGUGCAGUUGUCAAAGGCCUGUUGUCAAAGGAUCUGGAUUCAGUGAAAGCUGCAAGAUUCGGAUAUAUUACAAGAUUGUGUCGCUCAAUAGUUUUCAUGAGUUAAUGCAUCAAUCUUGAUUUGUAAUUUAUGGCUUUUUGGUUCCAUUACAUUACAGUUGUGAGGUUAUGUUGGUGUGCAUUGUAGCUACAUUGUUGAUGCUGAAAAUUUCGGUCAUAUUGGUGUUACUUUAUGGGACAUGUCACAUGUAUGAUUUUGUUUA